CAUGGGUGCUUUACCGCAAAACUAAAACAUACGUGCUGGCAAUAAAAUACGGAGCACGUGAAAAGUACCGCGAGGUGUUUUAGGCGCUUAAUUGAUAAAUAUACAGAAAUAAACAAUGGGGAAAGUUAAGAAAAACCGAACGAAAGCGACGAGUGGACAGAAUCCGCAUUAUCACAGAACAGAUUUAUCUCAUGAAAUAAUUAAUGAAGACAAUCUUAAAGAUAAUUCAAAACGUCAAAACAAAGCUCGACCAAGACAGGAAGACAGUGACAUUGUAGAUGAAAAACUCACAAAGAAGAUUCUUGACUCUGCUAGAAAGCAACAAGAUGAAUUGGAAAAUGUUUGGUCUGUGAAAAGCAACAGCGCGCCACAUAAACUUAUAAAACCAUCUGGAAUUGAGCAAGGCUCAGAUGAUGAAGAAGACUGGCCUCAAAUAGGAAGUGGUGAUGCAGAAGUAUCGGAAUACAAAGAGGAAAUCUUUGAGGUUGAUGCAGAAGAUGAAAAAGCUCUUGAAGCGUUCAUGAAUCCGAACCCUCCUUCACGGCGAACACUCGCUGAUAUUAUAAUGGAGAAAAUAUCAGAAAAACAAACUGAUGUUUCAACGUUAAUGCCGGACCUGGAAAAUCCAUUGCCAGACAUGGAUCCACGAAUAGUGGAAGUUUAUAAAGAUGUGAAAACAAUAUUGCAGCGAUACCGGUGUGGUAAAUUACCAAAAGCCUUCAAGGUUCUUCCACAUUUAAAAAACUGGGAGGAAGUCUUAUAUAUCACUGAACCAGAUGGUUGGACAGCAGCAGCCAUGUACCAGGCAACCAGGAUGUUUGCGUCAAACAUGAAUGCUCAUAUGGCACAAAGAUUCUUUUUCCUUGUUUUGCUGCCAAGAAUCAGAGACGAUAUUCAGUAUUUUAAGCGACUAAACUUCCAUUUGUUUAUGGCUCUAAAGAAAACUUUGUUCAAACCAGCUGCAUUUUUCAAAGGCAUCCUUCUCCCUCUAUGUGAGGAAGGGACUUGUACAUUACGUGAAGCUACCAUCAUUGGGAGUGCUAUGGCAAAAUGUUCCAUACCUGUUCUACAUGCUAGUGCUGCUAUGUUGAAAUUAGCGGAAAUGAAAUACAGCGGUCCAAACAGUAUUUUUCUUAAAAUACUGAUCAGCAAAAAAUAUGCCCUGCCCUUCAGAGUGCUGGACGCUUUGGUUUUUCAUUUCUUAAGCUUUCGUAAUGAGAAACGUGAACUCCCGGUUCUAUGGCAUCAAGCUUUGCUUUCAUUUGCAGAGAUAUACAGGAGUGACAUCUCAACUGAACAGAAAGAAAGUCUUCUUGAACUACUGCGUCACAAAUCACAUGAACAAAUAACUCCGUUAGUACGGAAGCAAUUACAGGGAGCUGAAUGUCGAGAUAUUGAAAUGGAUGAACCACAGUUAAUGCCUUAAUAAAAAAACAUAAAUAAAAUGAGUUUUACUGCUCUGUGUAAUGCUGGGUAUUCUAAUUGUAAUAAAAGACACUAAACAUA